UAGAGCUGAUCAUCACGGCAGGAGGCGAGAACAUCCCUCCGGUUCCUAUCGAGGACGCGGUGAAGGAGGCUGUGCCGCUCAUUAGUAACGCCAUGCUGAUCGGAGACAAGAAGAAGUUUCUGUCCAUGCUGCUCACCAUUAAGUGCCAGUUGAACGCAGACUCGGGGGAGCCAGAGGACGAGCUGACUCCAGAGGCUGUGGAGCUCUGCAGGCGGCUGGGCAGCAACGCCACACGAGUCUCUGAGGUCACAGGCGGGCGGGACCGGUUGGUCCACGCCGCCAUUCAGGAGGGAAUCAACCGAGUGAACGAGAAAGCAUGCUCCAACGCUCAGCGCAUUCAGAAGUGGAUAACUCUGGAUCGGGAUUUCUCGCUUCCAGGAGGAGAGCUGGGCCCGACCAUGAAGCUGAAGCGGCCGGUGGUGGUGAAGAUGUACAAGGAGCAGAUUGAGAACUUUUACAAGGAGCUGGCGACUCCAACGACCCCCGACAACCCGCUACCCCCCAAAUAGAGCUGCUCCUCCGCCUGUCUGAGUCCCCCGUCCUUUAGUUUGCCUUAAAUUGUUGUCGUUCUGUCUCUGUUUACAUUUGUGGGUGUUGUACAAAAAGAAUAGCCGACAGGAGAAGCUAUUGUGAAAUAUCUGAAGACGGUAUCAAUAAGCUGACGUCUACUGUUUGUCUUACUGAGGUGAACAGUAAUACAGAGCAGAUGGAGUAGCAGUGGCUUUAUGUAGGAAAAUGUGUUUAUUGCACUGCGUUACUUAAGAUGAAAUGACAGAAUCAAAAAAAUGAAGUUUAAAUUGUGUUUCAGCAUAUUUCUUAAUUUAUUUUUGGGUUUGCCAAAGUUUACAUGUUCCAAAUGAGCUUCACAUGAAGAAAAAUGUCUAGAAAGAACAGCAUUUGUGAUCCAACAAUCAUCUCUAAAUGUUUACUUGCCUACAUGCACGUGGUGUUUUUUUAUGCAUCUUAUGUUUAAUUUUGUUUUCUGCAAAGGAAGCUGCAGUAACCAAACGUGGUGUUGAAAUCUAUCUCAGAACUAAGCAUCCAAAUGUUCUCGUGCUGUGAAAACACGUCAUUGAAGCCAUAUCUCUUGCCUUUUGUAACUGUGAUGUCAGAUUCUGUUCUGCUUGCUUACUCGAUGCAGAUCGUUACACACCUGCCUGGUUCUGUGGAAAUGUUUUCCAUCAGUCCCUCUGUGUGUAGUCCUGCUUUGAUUUUUUGUGAAAUAUUGUAAAUAUAUUUUUGCCUUCAUCGUCAUCCAUCGCUUGAUUUGAGUUUACAUUUUCCAGCAGUGCAGAACUCGCAUGAAUAGUUUUUGGGACUCAAACAAGUGCACCUGGACUUAAAAAUGUACAUAAAUUAGAUCACAUGUAGCUUUAUGGCCAAUAUAUCAACUUGUCUGUGGCAUCCCUUAUGCAUCAUCACUCGUCAACAUGUUUUGACCACAUAUCUUCAGCCUCUUUGAAGACAUUACUUACGUCUUCAAAGCAAAAGUAAAAUACCUUGUAUAUAAAUGAAUUGUGUAUAUAAUAAGCAAAGUUAUUGGUAGCACUCGAAUUAGUGAAGGUUAUGGUUCUCAUGAAGUUCAGGGUAAACAACAAACUAAGGAAAUGACAGUGAUUCAGUGUGUCUGAGUUACCUGACCCGAAAGAGCUGUUGUUAAUAUCAGGGUUGAAAAAGAUGGAAAUCUGCAUGAAGCUACAGAAAAAAGGAUGCAGGCCUGUUUCUGUCAACAGACAUGUGAAUGUUUCUGUCAGAAUAAAAGUUGAUUGAGCACAAUGUCUGGAAUUGCUUCGACAAGACUUCUUUGAAUUUGCAGAAAAAUAAAAGUGACUUACUUAUACUGCCGGCUACAAGCUAAAUGAAAACACAUGGUCUGUUCAUCUUCCUGGACGGAAUUGUAGUUAAGUUAUUAGUAAGUAUAGUACUGUGCUUGUCCUGCUACAAGUCAAAAUGUCUGAUUAGAAGCAUGUGUGUUCAGCCGACCUUCAUACAACAGGUUGAAAAGGCUCCAUUUGAUGUUUAGGUAAUAAGGGUCCAAGUCAAUUCCAAUAAAGUGAAAAUUCAAAAACA